UUCCAGACCUAGACUGGCAAGUCCACUGACUUCUGGAAUCUUCAGCUACUCCCCCACCUUGGCUGGACUUUGUCAACAGACAGGUACAGACUCCCUCACCCCUCUUUAGGGCGGUUGGGAGGCAGGACUCUGCCGGGAAGCACCAGGCCACUCCUGUCCGGAUGCUCCGCCCACCUCCUCUUGUCUGCUGGCCUGGCGACGAGGUCUGGCUGACCUCUCCGUUCCUCAGGGAAGGAACUACUGUUCCUGGACAAGCCAGCAGCCUCUAGGAACACCUCCACGGUAAGGCCCUCGGCCUUGGCUGGCACGCGGCACGGAGGAGCUGGCAUCAUCCACUGACCAGGCAGAUGUGCUCCCAUGAGACUUCCUUCCAACCUGCCCAAUUCCUACUGCUGGUGGGGGUCCCGGUGGCGAGUGUCCUCCUCCUGGUCCAGUGCCUUCGAUGGCACUGUCCUCGCUGGCUGCUGCAGACCUGCUGGAAGCCGGAUAGCCAAGAGGGGCCAGUGUCCCAUGCUGAUCCCCUACCAGAACAUGAGUCCCCAGGGCAGUGCCCACCAGCCACAUCCUCAGAGAAAGAUGCCUUCUACCAGGAACUGCAGAGGCCCACAGAAGGCCAGACCGUCAUCCGUCAGGUGAUGCACAAGCUGUUGGUGUUUUCGGCUAAAGAGGUGGAUUACCACGGAGACUGCCUGAUUCUCCAGGACAUGGGCAUCUCCCUGUUCAUCCCACCAGGUGCUGUGGCUGUGGGCCGCCAGGAGCAGGUGUCACUGAUCCUGGUGUGGGACCUGUCGGAUGCCCCGUCAUUGUCCAGAGCCCAGGGGCUGGUGAGCCCUGUGGUGGCAUGUGGCCCUCAUGGGGCCUCAUUUCUGAAGCCCUGCAUCCUCACCUUCAAACACUGUGCCCAGCAGCGCAGCCAUGCCCGCGCCUACAGCAGUGACACAGCCCUGCUCGAUGCCAAGGACUGGAGGCCCCUGGGGCAGCCGGGGGCAUACACCUCCCAGGAUGAGUGUCGCAUCCACAUCUCCCACUUCAGCCUCUUCACCUGCGUGGCGGAGGCGCGUAUGGGUCGGGAAGCCCGCAAAUGGCUGCAGCUGGCCGUGUUCUGCUCGCCGCUGGAGCCGGGCCAGUCGCACCUGCAGGUGCGCGUCUACUUUCUCAACAACACGCCCUGCGCCCUGCGCUGGGCCAUCACCAACGAGCAGCCCCACGGCGGGUGCCUGCGCGGGCCCUGCCAGCUCUUCGACUUCACGGGGGCCCGAGGGGACCAGUACCUGAAGCUCAGCUACAUCUCCAAGGGUUGGGAAAAUGUGGAUGACAGCAGUUGCCAGCUGGUUCCGCAUCUCCACAUCUGGCAUGGAAAGUGCCCCUUCCGUUCCUUCUGCUUCCGGAGAAAAACAGCCGAUAAGAGCAAGUACUGCUCAGCGCUAACCAAUGAGAUCAUCGUCACCAUGCACACCUUCCAGGACGGCUUGGAGACCAAGUACACGGAAAUCCUCAGAUUCCAGGCAUCAGAGGAGGAAUCCUGGGCAGCACCACCCCCCAUCUCCCAGCCACCCCCAUGCAAUAGGCUGCCCCCAGAGCUCUUUGAGCAGCUGCGGAUGUUGUUGGAGCCAAACAGCAUCACGGGCAAUGACUGGCGUCGACUGGCCUCCCACCUGGGCCUCUGCGGCAUGAAAAUCCGGUUCAUGUCCUGCCAGCCCAGCCCCGCCGCAGCCGUCCUGGAGCUGUUUGAGGAGCAGAACGGCAGUCUGCAGGAGCUGCACUGCAUCAUGACCGUCAUGGAGCGGCUGGACUGCGCCUCUGCCGUUCAGAGAUACCUGAGUGGGACGCAGAGCGGCAGCCCAGCCCAGGUCCGUGGGGGCGCCUGGGAGAACCCGGGCUUGGAGCUGGAUGAGAGGCUCUGAGCGCCCCACUGGGGCGGGACAGGGUGGGGCGCUGUCUGCAGCACUCUGGGCGCGGGGAGGCGGUGGGUGUGUCCCGACCUCCAGGAAGAACACAGCAGCCAUUCCUGGCUGUGCCCGCCGACCUCACCAGAACCUUCGGAUGGUGCCUUGGGCCACCUGAGGCCGGAUUGCCAGCCUCCCCGGGUCAGGACCACCCUUGCGACCUGCUUUGUCCUGCAUGCAGAUCCCCUCCUGGCCGGCAGGGGGCGCAGGAGCCCAGGAGAUGGUCCAGCAUGACCAGCCUACAGAAGCUACUUGAUAGACCAGUGGACUGUUAGGUUGCCCUGUUGGCACUCCUUGGGGACUGGUCAGUUCACAAGUAUUCACUGAGCACUUAGUGAUACCUGGUGUUGGACUGGGUAUAGUGGGGAAUCCUGGAAUAUAUGAGAGAGGGUUUGGAGCCUUGACAAGCCCACAGUUCUCUUGUUCGAGUCAAGAUGCCCUCAUGUGGGCUGAGAGUGAACUCGGAAACAGCACAUACCUGUGCUUAGGGGUGUGGGUGUGGUAUGAACUGUCCGUGCUUUAGGAGUUGAGAAGGGAUGGAGCUGAGCAUGGGCUGGAGCAGAGAGAAAGCUUCAUGGAGGAUGUUGGAAAAAGGAUUGGGACAUGCAAAGGGUGGUUUGGAGGUCUUCAGGUGGGGUGGGGGACGUGGUGACUGGACCCACAGGAGGAAUCAGGAGUGGCAUGGAGUGCUGAGGUGUGAAGGAGCCACGCCCGGUGGGUGUGAGGUGCAAGUAGGACAAAGGUUGAAGGCCAGAGCUAAAGAUGGGCAGUCAGACCUGGCUGUGCAGCUGUCUCCUCUGCCUGCCUUUGUCUCCUUGUCCUCCCGUCCUCGCUUUGUCUUCCUCUCGCUCAGCCAUAAUCUCUGUCAGAAAACAUCAAAGCUGAAAAGAAACUUCAAGAUUAUCAUUCUUGCCCAAGUUUUUCCACUCUUUAUCUCAGACUGUGUGAGUUUUAAGUCUUUCUCACUUUGUUUUGCUGUCCCUAUCUCCUGCAGUCACACCAUCGCUAAAUCCGUGUGUCUCUCUGUUUCUCUGUGUCCUGGCAUCUUUUUGUCUCUAUCUACUUACUGUGUCUGCCUUUGUGUGUUUCUUUCUUUCUCUGAAACCCUCAGGAAAGUGUCUCUAAGCCAAUGUGAUGUAUCAAAGGCUACUGAAAGAGCCUGGGCCACCCUAAGAAUGAGUGGGUGGGGAUUUUUCCCUAUGGAUCAAGAUCCAGUUUAGGGUCAGGAAAUAAAGGCUAGGGAUUAAAGAACACCCCAUUCGGUCAACAAAUAUUUGUUCAGCACCUACUGUGUGUUAGACAUUGUAUAGAAAAGAGAUCAACAGUAUGGGUCCUGAAAAGAGAACAAAGGAUUUGACUCACUUCCAGCCGCACUUUUGUUUGCAAACAGGUGCUGUUAAUUUUUUCAAGGGCAGGCAAACAAUCUCUCUGGCAACCCUAACAAUUUGAUUCUGUAUUUAAUUAAAAAUAUUAAAGCUUUUUCUAUGAUGAACAAUAUUGUAUAAUAA